AUGAAAAGUCUAUUUUCAUUUACACUCGAUUUCUUUGGAAAAUGUAAUUCUCGUUGCUUUAAUAUUUUAUUGGCAGGCCCUGCAUCAUCUGGUAAAACUGCAUUUUUACUUAGACAUUUAAAAGGCAGGUAUGUAGAUCCAGUAACUACAAAUGGAAUUGAUUCGGCUGUAAUAAAAAGAGAAAAUUGUUUAUUAAAUAUAGUUGAUAAAGACGUUUUUGCCCAACCUAGUCGGUCACAUAAUUUUAAUUCAAAAAUUAAAGGUGAAAGUGAAAUUGAUAAGAACGGAUGCAUUGUCAAUAAAAGAGGAAAAAAUGUGAAUGAAACGCAAAUUUCGAAUUUAAGUACUAUAAAUAAUAAUAAUAAUAAUAAUAAUAAUAAUAAUAUUGAUGGAACUUUAUUUUUCAUAGAUUCAAGUGAUCAUGGUCGAAUUCCUCUUGCUAGGAGGUUACUGUCACAAUUGAUAAGGAAGGCAAGUAAAAAAUCUCCUAUAUUAAUCAUUGCAACAAAACAGGAUAUAAUAGGGGCGUUGACACCUGGAGAACUAGCAACAAGGCUUGAUAUCGAGGAUAUGGUAAGUAUGUUUGGAGACGAAGUUUGUGAUUAUGGUAUUAUUGGAGUUUCUUCAUAUACAGGGUUGGGCUGUAAUGAAGCUUUAGACUGGAUUUCAGAAGCCAUUUGGCAGCAUCAGUUAUUUUGCUAUUGUAUUCCAUUCAACAGUUUCUGUUAUAGUUUAUAUAAUUCUGGCAUUUUAAUGUUAAACAGUUAA